AUGGAUCGAUUGAUCAAUUAUCUUUCUUUAUUGUGUAAAUCUUUAAAUAUGGAAGAACAUUUCGCUGAUUAGCGUGGAACUCUCUAUUGAAAGGAAAGUAAUUCUAGUCUGAUCAACAACGUGAUGGCUACUGACUCUCCAACACUGCCAGCCUCUGACAAUGAGACAAACGAAGCGGAUGAAACAUUCUUUAGACUCAAACACAUUAAAUUUUUCCUACGGAACCUGGAUAUUUUGCCCACCGUGUAUACAUCAGCUGAUACAAGCCGAAUCACCAUGGCAUUUUUCACUUUGUCCGGGUUAGAUCUUUUGAAUUCACUAUCAUCAGUUGAACAUAAACAACAGAUUAUUAACUGGAUUUAUUCACAUCAAGUUGUUCCUAAUGAAGACGACUCAAACCUUAAUGAGUGUGGAUUCCGAGGAUCAAGUUCAAAUGGAAAUCCCUUUUAUCCAGAAAAGGGAAAUGACCAAAAUAUUCCUUUUGAUAGUGGACAUAUUGCAAUGACGUACUGUGCACUGUUGUCUUUGCUCGUUCUUGGAGAUGAUUUAUCAAGAAUUAAUCGAAAAGGGAUUAUCUCUGGAUUGAAGUAUCUUCAAAUUAAAGAUGGAAGCUUCCGUCCAGUGCCUGAAGGGGGUGAGAAUGACAUGCGUUUCAUUUAUUGUGCUGCUUGUAUUUGUCACAUCCUGGAUGACUGGAGUGGAAUGGAUCGUGACCUAGCCAUCUCCUAUAUUAAAACUAGUCUGUCCUAUGAUGGUGGAAUUGGCCAAGGACCAGGUCUUGAGUCACAUGGUGGUCCCACAUUUUGUGCAGUUGCAGCUUUAUCAUUGAUGGGGUGUCUUCAUGAAACCUUCACUUUGCACCAGUUAGAAAGAUUGAAAAGAUGGUGUGUUAUGCGACAACAGGUUGGCUUCCAUGGACGACCAAAUAAACCAGAUGAUACGUGUUACUCUUAUUGGAUUGGGGCAACUCUGAAGCUGUUGAAUAUAUUUGAAUUAACCAACUUUACCCAGAAUCGGUUAUACAUGAUGGACACUCAGAAAGAAGCUAUUGGAGGAUUUGCCAAAUGGCCCAAUCAGUCACCAGAUCUCCUACAUUCUUAUUUUGGAGUCUGUGGACUGUCACUGAUGGGAGAGAAGUCUACCAAAGAAAUGGAUCCAGCUUUGAACCUCAGCCAAAGAGCUUCACAACAUCUCGCCGAUCUACACAAAAAGAAACAAACAGCCGCCUAAGUUCUACCAUCACCACCCCACCUUGCUUCAUUGAGUGGUGUUUCAUUUCUCAUAACUGAGCUAUCCUUUUCAAAUCAAGCUCUUUCUCUCUUUUUCUUUCUUUUUUUAUAUUAUAAUUUGCUCUUCCUUUCUUUUUCUCUUCCCUCUUUUUUUCCCCCACCUUCUCUCUUUGAUUUUUUUUAUAUUACUAAUAUUUACUAAAUCUAAGGUGACGAACUGGCAGAAUUGUUAGUAUGCCAGGAAAAAUGCUGAGCAGCAUUUUGUCUGCCUUUACAUUCUGAGUUCAAAUUCCACAGAGGUUAACUUUGCCUUUCAUCCUUUCGAGGUCAAUAAAGUAAGUACCAGUUAUGCACUGGGGUCAAUGUAAUUGACUUAGUUCCUCCCCUGAAAUAGUUGACCUUGUGUCAGAAUUUGAAACCAAUAUUUACUAAAUCUCCUUCACUCUCCAUGUUUUUUUUAUAUUAUUAAUAUUUUGCUUUCUCACUGUGUCUCUCCUUCAAUGCCUGACACACAAACACACUUACAAUUCAUUGAGCACACACAUACACAUACACCAUCAGUUUUUACAGUGUCAUCACUGCAUCAGCUUCACUGUUGUCUAAUACCAAAUGGCAUAGUGUUGUUUGAUGAUGCUGAAAGCAUAUAUGUGAUACAGAAAUCAUUUAAUAUUUUUGCUACACAAAUUUUCUAUUGAUCUUACUAAAAAUAUGGUUUAAAGAACUGUGUAUCAGGGAUAGUUACCAGCACAGCCAAGUUAUCAAGACAUAUCAGGUAUGAGGAGUAGUGGAACACAUGAAAUCAAGGUUUUGUCCACUGUCCGUCUAAGGUUUUGAUCCAUAAAUUAGAGGUUUUAAAUCCCUCCCUGUGAGCCUUGUGACUUUUACUGUUCAAAAUUAACUAUCUCAACCGAUAUUCUUGUUUUAACAAAUUAGAGAUUCUUUUUGAAACCCACUAUGUGGAGUACUGUUUGUGGAUUCUGAUCUGGAAUCCUUGAAAACCAUUUUGAAAUGUACCAUGGAAACUAGUAUUUUAUGGAAACCUAUUGGCUGAAAUCUUAAAAAAAAAAAUUUAAGAUUUUGCUACAAUUCAAAGUUAGUCUUGAGAGCUUUUGUUCUCUAAUUCUUGAAAACUAGGACACUUUUUAGUUUAUGUGGGUAUUCUUGUACCUCAAUGAUUUUUAUCUACUUCACUGCCAGCAGUUAACUUAGUCACAUACUGUUGGUAGGAUGUUAACAUUCAAUUUCUAAUUUCUAGUCAGACCCAUACUUAGAAUUUAGAUCACAUGCAUAGAACCCUUGAAACCAUUUUUUUUUUCUUUUCUUUUUUUUCUUCUUUUUUUUACUACAUACAUCAUAUAGUUUGUGGUUCAACUCCAUCUUAAGAAUCCUUGGAAACCAUUUUGAAUGUUUUCAUUCAUUAGCACUGAAGUUAGAAUCAAAACUUGAUGUUGUUCAGUCUCUAGUUUAAAGAUGGCACUAUGCAACUAAGAUCUUUUAGAUCAUAUUUAGAGAGUUUUCAGGUUUUAUGAAAGGACUACUGUUUUUAGUCUGAAGCUGGAAGUCAAUUCAGAUCCUGAUAGCUUUCCUCUGUAGCCUAAGCCUGGUACUAACCUUGUUGCUGGUUGAUUAUUCUGCCAGCCAAAUUUUAUAGUGGAAAUCAUCAGGUAUAUCAUUUGACUGACGUGUGAGGAAUAAAAUAGAUGUUAACUUAGUUUUCUUUUCUUUUUUUAACAAAUUAAAAGAAUAAAAGUUGCUUCUUUUCACAAA